CGUGUCUCUCAGCAUAGUCGAGGGUACGGAACUGGGCAGGAGCCUUGUUGAGACGGGUGUUGGCCGCUGUGGUUUUUUCGAUUAGCAACGAUUUUACGAUCACCACAAAAAUUAUGAUUGCACAUCUCCUCCCCCCGUUCUCGUCCAUAUCUCCCACUGUGUUUCUUCGCGUUCCAUAAACAUUUUUUUAUGGCUCUCACUUCCUUUUUUCCUUCUUUUGCUCUAUUUCGUCUAGGAGGAUCUUGGAGAACUGGACAUUUGGGGGGUAGAGAGAUCGCAAGGAUAAAAAUGAAAUCUAUCUUGUCCGCAACGUACUGAAAAUCGAUCCACGGCCCUUCCUCUGAUUGCGAAUCACACGACCCAUGGCGUCUAACUGUUGUCGGCAAGAAGCACGAAAAGAAUGUUAGCAAAAGGCUGCCGCUUGGUCCUGCAAUAAUUUGAAUUGCUCGAUGGGGGACGGUGAUCGGGCUCGUACCUGAUGCUUCGCAAAGUUGGCUGCUGCGGAAUGGGGUUGGCAGUUGUGAGAUCGAUUCUCGUCGAAAUUGGCUGGGUUUCGUCUGUCUUGCUUUCUGUGUGGGCUUAGGGUGCGCGUCGCUAAGCUAACCGAGUUGACUCUAGCGCCGAGCCCCACCAACCUUGGAACAUCCGCAACAGAAACCUGCAGCUGGCUUCUUCCACGGUGACAACCUGCUGCGGAUGAAGUAUCAAUCCACCAGGCGCUGAGCUGGGUAUUGAUAUUGGCAUUCGGGGUGAUAGCAGGAUCUCUUCCAAUCUCGCCAUGCAUGAAAUUGGGUGAUGGGGAUGGAUGCCCGUUGCAAGGUUGCUCUCUCCCACGAUAAGAUCUAUCAAAGUCUGGGCGUCAAACAGUUAUUCUGGCGGAUUCCUUGUCAGUAUUACGUGACUCUGCAAUAAUGUGGUUCUUGGUCGAAUGCUCCUCCACGUCCUGUUCGAUGGGGCAAAACAUGGGGGCUUUGGUCACUAAGAACAAUGAAUGCACCUUGAUUUUUUGAUUUUUUUGAUUUUUUUUUUUUGCUCUUUUUAAUUGUUACUUUUAUUCGUGAUGCGGACUUGAUUUCCUCCCACCUUACUCAACUUUUUAGGUGCGUUUGCUCAAGUGCUGAGUUAAACUCACAAAUGGUUGUUGUUUCAGACAAGGGGACUGAUCUUUCAGUUCACGCUCUACGAGCGAGUGGCUUUGUCGCAUCUGUUUUGAAAUGAUGAUUGUUUUACAACUUGUGCGCUGUUGAUGUGUUAUUUGGGUUCCCCACCACUUUCUGUCUGCUGCUGGGCGUCGGGGAACAAGCUGUGCCAUGCUUGGAAACAGCCCACACCAGAACUGGUCGCGACAUACCAGUAUAGAUACGUUGUCCCCAUGGGUUGUCGGGCAUAUCAAUCUCUGUGGACUCUGCUCGUUGUAGCGAUGCUCAUUUUAGCGAGCGCUUGAAUGCGAACGCUGGAACAGUGGAACACUGGAACACGAGAACUCAAAGACGCUAAGCGCCACCCUUCAUGAAAACUGGCUGGUUGGGCUACAUUGUUGUUCAACAUAGGUGGUUUUUGCCAGGCUUCCGACAACUGACCAGCAGAGGGCGGUGUCAUCCCUAAAAUCUCAUAUUUGGAGAGUGAAAUACUCCUUAGAACCUUCUGAUGGAGAGGCAUGGCUAUUUGGGACUAUUGGAAUGGCUUCUAUUGGUGGGUCCGUGUUUGUGAGGCAGCUUUGUGAUCCAGGGUGAACUAUGACGGUGGCCAGCUUGAGAUCUAUUCGUUCUAUAGAAAUUGAAUUUUGACAAACAAUAUGAAUAAGAUAAAAAAGGGCUUUAGUUCAACGACGAUAGCCCCUAGUAAUUCCAUGCCACAGCGGGCUGAUGUAGUCUUCCUCCCCUCCGUGGCCCAAUGAAGCCUUUAGACGAGAGAUCCGCGUCAUAGCCGCGCUGCCACCAGGUUUAAGUUGCUCCCAAGUAAGCAAGGCCAUAAGUUACAAGUUACCUAACCUCCUCCGCCCAACCACGCAAGCACCACCAACCACACGCACUCCCCGCCCUGCCAUCCUCCUCUACACAGCACCCAAGGAUCAUGUCGGACUCGGACUCGUCUUCGCUGUCUUCUCCUCCGUCCACAGAUGAUGAAACCAUCGCCGCCUCCGUCAACCGCAGUAUGGGCCUGGGAAAGUAUUUCAAACCCCAGACGCCCGCCAAACCAGCCUCUCCUCCGCCGCCAAAACGUGCCCCCUCGCCGCCUCAUGAAUAUGUUCUCGCAGACAAUCCAGACAUUGCAUUUAUCGUGAUGUUCCGCUCCAGAUUCUCGGAUGUCUUUCCAAAAUCACUUCCACACUACGGACCACAGGAUAUUGAGAGAGGAGUCACGGAUACUGUCCCUGGAGAUCAUAUUAUGAGAUUAUUGUGCGCUUUAAUUGGCCUGUGCCUUAACAGGAAGAGAGAUGUUGAGAGGGACCAUUACCAACGCGCCCUCGAGGAGGUUGUGCAGACGCACUCAUCACAGUGGCCACGAUCGUGGGGCGGUAAAAACCCCCUUCAUGGCGGGGGAAGCUUUGCGACAAUGACCCCUACUGAACGACUGGCCUUCCUCAAGGCAUUGAUACUUUGGGCCCUCUCAUCCUCCGACGCCGUCCAAGCCAAACUGAAAGCAUCCUAUAAACAAACGAGACACGAUGACGAUCUCAAUCAGCCAUUAUCCGUCCAACCAUGGGGGAAUGAUGCCUAUAAACGCCGGUAUUGGCUUAUUGAGGGCAGGGAUGAUACACAUUUCAGACUGUACCGGGAAAGCAACCCUGCGCUGAAGAACAGGACAUGGUGGAGCGUUGCAGGGACUAUUCCUGAACUGAGAAGCGUUGCGGAUUCUCUUGCUGAGGAGAAGUCGCAGCACUCUAAACGGCUGAGUGAGAAGAUCUUUACCAGCAUUCCGAGAUUCGAGGGCUCUGAGGAGAAACGAAAGCGUCGCGACUAUCGCCUGGCGCGGAAAGCCGCAUUCGCUCGUCCGGAACCUGGCUUCUCUCUCUACGAAGGCCGAACUCGCGGCAAGAAGCUCAAAUACACAUAUUCCGAUGACGAUGAUGACUUCUCAUCCGACGCCCUCCCUACCCGGAGAUCAGCUCGCCAGUCCCGCUUCUCAACCCCAGGUGAAAUGCCCGCCGGCCCAACCUUUACCGCCAGCGGCCGGCAGGUCAAACCACGGAUUGUCGGAGCGUACGGCCAGUCCCUGCUAAGUGGUCAACGGCAAGAAUCAACACCGCUGCUGCCGCGGUCUGUUGGGCCUAGCGGUGGCGAGGAAGGGGAUGGCGAGAGUGAACAGCCUGUUUCCAACGGAAGAAGGCCGCAUCGGAGUAGGAUGGGUCGGCAGUCGAAUGGCGCGGGGAGACAUAUUGAAGGGUAUAAUGCAGUUGAUGAAAUGGACGAGGAAUCGGAAGCUGCGUCGUCGAGUGGGAAUGAAUGGGAUGGCGGCGAGGACAAUGAGUAUGGAGAUGAGGAUGAGGAGAUGAGUGACGCCGAGUCAUAUAGCCCUGAUCCUAGCGAUAAUGAUGGGAACGGCUACGGUACUAGCCAGCGGAGUUUGGUGGUCCAGCUGAGAUAUGGGAAAGCGAAGCGGGGGCUAGGAAGCAGCAGUCCUACCGCAGCUCCUAACACGCCUCCUAACCCAACUGCAGGCCAAGCUCCAGGUGCAAGCCCACAACCUAUACCAGUAAAGCCAGAAGCAAGCGAACCAAAUCGCCAGCAUCCGUUCGCAGUGGUUGUAUCUGCACCAAAUGAUCCACUGUACCAGCAGCGGUACCACUACCACCACCAACUGCUGUAAAUUCGGACAAAGAACAUAUCAUCUCUCCUGAGCCUACAGCUCCUCCCACUACAGCCACUACCACUCCGCCGCCGCCAUCCGUGACUAGCUCGAAAGAUACUCAUCAAGUAUCCAAUAUAAUGCCCGCAGUGAAACAACCUCAACUUUCCUAUGGAUUCCAAUAUCCCGCAACCAAAAACACUUCAUCCACCAUCCGAUCAGAACGGAGUUCUUCCCGGGCUACAGUAAUCCACGGCAUUUCCUGUCCCGCCACGAUCUACUAAGGAUUCUGAUCAAUCCGUACUCUUACUCUUUUCUUUUUUUUUAUUUUCAAUUCAUAUAGAGAGCUGAAAAAGUUCGAUAACUUGUUAUCUUCCUCGUGUGGUUUUUAUCCGGGAUAGGUUGUUAUGCAAAACCAAUCGGCAACAUCGUCGACCAAAGAUUCACAUUUUAAUAAUCUGUUUACUUCGUUUGUCCGUUUUGUUUCUCCUUCUUUUCGCGUGUGUAGCGACAAUGGAAAUUCGAUGGGGUAUAUGUUUUGAUUGAAUAGGCGUGGGGACCUUGGUGCUGUUUUAUUUGUUUCUUUAAUCAAUCCCUCUCACUCUUUGCUUUGACUUAACCGUCUGGUAGGGGGAUUUGUGAUUUAUUUAGCUUUGUCAGGUUAUUUCACCUUUUCUGUUUCUUUCUUUUCUAUCUCUCUCUCUUCCUCUAUUUCUCUCUCUUUUGGUAUGUUAAGGUGUUCCAGUUUUCCAUUCAGCUAUUAACGUACCCUUUCGCAAACUUCGCAAGGGUUCGUUUUAUUUAAGCAGAGGGUUUUAUUGUUAUUUUUUCAAUCUCUUUCUUGCGAGGUUUGGUGGAUGUUAAUCAUAGAUUUUUGAGCCAGUACUAGCUCUCUCAAGCUCAUAAUUCUCUGUUUACACGUGCCUACGCUAAAAACCCACCACAUCUAGAGUUUUUUUGACACCAUAUCAGAGAGCAACCGAUGAACUUUGUCCUGGGACUGAUGUCAAAGAAAAUUUACGUGGCAUUUUCUGUUUCGAACAAGUUUCCAAAUGUAUAUAUAUACAUACAUACAAGUAGCGCCAGCAAGCCAACCUUCAAUGAUCGAUGCCUCCCAACAGUUAGGAAACCUUUCAAAUAUCCCAUGAGCACUCUAAACACCUAACGCUCUCAUAUGCAGGUAGCGAAAACCAAUAGCCACAGGCCCCCAAAGCCUCGCACCGCGCCGCCUUUUUUAAGGUAGAGAGUCUCCCGAAGGUCGAACUUAAACGCAACUGGACCGGCGGACGCGCUGAGUACAGGGGCAGCGUGUGAAAAAAAUCCCGUGGUUGCACAGCUACUUGGGUAUGAUAAAAAAUACUCUCCCAAAUAUCGGAAUGUUGGAAUUCUUAUAUACAUGUAUUUUUCAUAACUUUUUAUCUCAUUCAUGACUGCGGUAUCUUCCAGUUGUUGACUUCCCACCACCACCU